AUGAGUAAAGCUCAGAAGAUUAUGGAGCAACAGCAGCGGAAGUCUAUGAGCUUCAUUAAUUGGCAGAAGCCUCCACCGGGGUGGGUUGCGCUGAACUCGGACGGCUCCGUGGUGUUAGCCUCGGGCAGUGCUUCAGCUGGGGGAGUGAUCAGGGAUAGCAGCGGGCAAUUCAUGAAGGGUUUCUCGGUCAACUUAGGGGGCGGGUCAAUCACGCAUGCAGAGUUGUCCGGCAUUGCACAUGGUCUCCAUAGUGCCUAG